GUGAAGCCGUACCGUUGUGUACGUCUGAGGAGGUGAUUGAUUGUAACUCUAAGUCGUUUUUUUUUUGUUGGUAGUCACUGAAAAAGGAGGAUUUUGGUGUCCUUCUUGAGGCAGAUAGUAAAGGUAGCUUGCAAGCCUUCAAAAUGAUAACUUCCGCAGCUGGAAUAAUUUCUCUCCUGGAUGAGGAUGAGCCUCAGCUCAAGGAGUUUGCACUGCACAAGUUGAAUUCUAUUGUGAAUGACUUUUGGGCUGAGAUAUCUGAAUCUGUUGAUAAAAUUGAGGUCCUAUAUGAAGAUGAGACAUUCCGUAGCAGGGAAUUUGCUGCGUUGGUGGCUUCCAAAGUCUUCUAUCAUCUCGGGGCCUUUGAGGAGUCAUUGAACUAUGCUCUCGGUGCCGGGGACCUGUUCAAUGUCACUGAUGAUUCUGAAUAUGUGGAGACAAUUAUUGCCAAGUGCAUCGAUUACUACACAAAGCUGCGUGUGGAGAAUUCUGAACUGCCCGAAGGCAAGGAGAAGAGGAGCAUAGAUCCCCGGCUUGAGGGCAUUGUCAACAAGAUGUUCCUUCGCUGCAUAGGUGACCACAAAUACAAGCAGGCAAUUGGAAUUGCCCUGGAAACACGCCGCUUGGACAUUUUUGAGAAGACCAUCCUGGAGUCUAACGAUGUCAGUGGGCUCCUGGCCUACAGUCUGAAGGUGUGCAUGUCGCUGAUGCAGAACAAGCAGUUUCGCAAUGAAGUUCUCAGGGUGCUGGUCAAGUUGUACAUGAAUCUGGAAAAGCCCGACUUCAUAAAUGUUUGUCAGUGCUUGAUCUUCCUGGAUGACCCCCAGGCAGUCAGUGACAUCCUGGAAAAGUUGGUGAAGGAAGAUAACCUGCUCAUGGCCUAUCAGAUCUGCUUUGACCUGUACGAGAGUGCCAGCCAGCAGUUCCUCUCAUCUGUCAUCCAAAACCUGCAUACAGUUGGCACACCCAUUCCUGCUGUACCUGGAUCCACCAACACGGGCACAGUAGCAUCACACGAUAAGGACGGUGAUGCCAUGGAAACAGAUGACAAAGCCGGGAGCUCCCCUGCUGGAAGGGCGUCAGAGUCAAAGGAUGAACCAAAAGACCAGAAUUCCAAGAUGAUCAAAAUACUCAGUGGAGAAAUGACUAUAGAACUGCAUCUCCAGUUUCUCAUAAGGAACAACAAUACAGAUCUGAUGAUUCUUAAGAACACGAAGGAUGCAGUCAGAAAUUCAGUUUGCCACACAGCGACGGUCAUAGCCAACUCCUUCAUGCACACAGGAACCACCAGUGACCAGUUCCUCAGGGAGAACUUGGAAUGGUUAGCAAGAGCUACUAACUGGGCCAAGUUCACUGCCACCGCUAGCCUGGGUGUCAUUCACAAGGGACAUGAGAAAGAGGCACUGCAGCUGAUGGCCACAUACCUCCCCAAAGACACCUCGCCUGGCUCAGCCUAUCAGGAGGGAGGUGGUCUCUAUGCCCUAGGGCUCAUUCAUGCCAACCAUGGAGGGGACAUCAUUGACUACCUCCUUAACCAACUCAAGAAUGCCAGCAAUGAUAUUGUUCGUCAUGGUGGAGCUCUGGGCCUGGGGCUGGCUGCCCUGGGCACUGCCCGGCAGGAUGUUUAUGACCUGCUGAAGUCCAAUCUGUACCAGGAUGAUGCUGUCACAGGUGAGGCAGCUGGGCUUGCCCUAGGUUUGGUGAUGCUUGGUUCAAAAUCAGCCCAGGCCAUUGAGGACAUGGUGGGCUAUGCCCAAGAAACACAGCAUGAGAAGAUCCUACGGGGCCUGGCGGUUGGUAUUGCUCUGGUCAUGUACGGUCGGAUGGAGGAGGCAGACACGCUCAUCGAGAGCCUCUGUAGGGACAAGGAUCCCAUCCUGCGGCGCUCAGGAAUGUAUACAGUGGCCAUGGCUUACUGCGGCUCGGGGAACAACAAAGCCAUUCGGCGCCUGCUGCAUGUGGCUGUUAGUGAUGUGAAUGAUGACGUGAGACGAGCUGCGGUGGAGUCAAUUGGGUUCAUCUUGUUCAGGACUCCUGAGCAGUGCCCCAGCGUAGUCUCACUGCUGUCAGAAAGCUACAACCCUCACGUACGCUGUGGAGCCGCCAUGGCUCUAGGCAUCUGCUGUGCUGGCACAGGAAACAAGGAAGCAAUUAACCUCCUGGAGCCAAUGACCAACGACCCUGUUAACUACGUGCGGCAGGGAGCACUCAUUGCCUCGGCUCUCAUCAUGAUCCAGCAGACUGAGAUCACCUGCCCCAAGGUCAACCAGUUCCGACAGCUGUACUCCAAGGUGAUCAAUGACAAGCAUGAUGAUGUUAUGGCCAAGUUCGGAGCCAUCCUUGCACAGGGGAUCCUGGAUGCAGGUGGCCGAAAUGUGACCAUCUCCCUCCAGUCUCGCACAGGCCACACCCAUAUGCCAUCUGUGGUGGGCUUACUGGUGUUCACCCAGUUCUGGUUCUGGUUCCCGCUCUCCCACUUCCUCUCCCUGGCUUUCACCCCCACUGCCAUCAUUGGCCUCAACAAGGACCUGAAGAUGCCCAAAGUGCAGUAUCGGUCCAACUGCAAGCCGUCUACCUUUGCUUAUCCACCUGCAUUGGAGGUGCCAAAAGAGAAGGAGAAAGAAAAGGUGUCCACUGCGGUGCUCUCCAUCACAGCCAAGGCCAAGAAGAAGGAGAAAGAGAAGAAGGAAAAAGAGGAGGAAAAGAUGGAGGUGGAACCAGUGGCCGAGAGUGAGAAGAAGGAUGAGGAGAAGGAAAAGAAGAAGGAGCCAGAGCCCAGCUUUCAGCUUCUGGAGAAUCCAGCCAGGGUGAUGCCGGCACAGCUUAAAGUGCUCAGCAUGAUUGAAACAUGCCGCUACCAGCCCUUUAAACCGUUGCACACUGGUGGCAUUAUCAUCAUGAAGGACACCAGUGAAGAGGAGGAGGAGCUUGUAGAGCCAGUUUCUGCCCACGGCCCCAAGAUUGAGGAGGAGGAACAGGAGCCCGAGGCCCCAGAGCCAUUUGAGUACAUUGAUGAGUGAACACAUCUCCAGGGCCAACAACCAGAGCUUCAGCAGAUGAAUCCAGUCACCCAGCAUGCACCUCUUUGUCCCUCUUCCUUUCCUGUCAGUGGGCUUAGUGGGGAAUGUUUUACACUCUUGUUAAAUGGUAUAGUUUCUGUCAUUGCAAUAAAAAAGAUGUAUAUUACAAAA